AUGACAGCAACAGAACAUUUUCAUGUCUCUGGAAACCCACAAAGUCUUCAGCCGGGGCAGUGGGCUCCGCCUCGUGCACCUUUACCCCCGCAUCGUCUUGCGAAGAUAGCUAAUGCCUUGGGAGUCUCUAUGCCUUCUCCCGCAGGAUCUAAUUCUUCAUCUGCAUACUUGUCUGCUUCCUUUCCUGGCGCAUCUCCCACCACGAGUCAUACUGAUCUUCCCUGGCGCGUGAUGACACCGUCUGCUACAUCUACUCACAAUGUUGGAUCAUUUGCGUCUUCAUCUCAGUCCAAAUUCUUGCUGCAUGUCAUACCACCUCUUCACCUCCUUCACGACUUCGACGCGUCUGAUCCAUUGGAACCUGCACCUCCUCCUAAUGCAUCGGGAUAUCACACGCAGUUUAGACGCGGUACCCUUGUCUCUCUGCAGCCUUCGCUGCAUGCGCAACUGAAUGCAAUUGCCAAAGAAUAUGCAUUGCCUAGCACAAUCGGUCUCAUCCUUUACCUUAUCACAACUUCCCCACAGAGCCGCCAGAAUAGUCCAAUGCCUUAUGCCACCCCCAAUUCAGGAAACGAGGAUGCAGAGGAACCAGGUCCACGCAUCUCCGAAGAAAUUUGGAAACAUAUCUGGGGUCGAGUUCUGAAAGCUGAGCGUGAAGAAUCUCUCACACUUUCGCGGGGAGUAGGCUCUAGUUCCUUCGGUCUGGGUCUAGGACUAGACUCAACGGGCCAGUCCAACUUGCGCCCUUUGGUCACCCCCAUGCGGACGGAAACGCCGCAACCGCAACCUAUCACAUACCCAAUUACUCCUUCGUCUACCGCGUCUUCAGUAUCCGAUCUUCGGUCUCACUCUAAAUCUGCCCCUCUAUCAUCCUCAUCAUUGACACACUCGGAACCAGAUACCCCCGAUACCUCCCAUUCUUCUGAUAACGAAAUACUUGGCGUUACGCUGCCAGGUCUUAAUUCACCCUCUAUAAUACCUAUACUUGCAAAAGUGGAGUUUGAUAUUGAUCGACGGAAAGCAGCGUGGUACGAGCCAUGGUUGCGUGGCCGUCGAAUGACCCAUACUAAACGUGCCGAGAGUCGUCAAAGUAAUCGAGCAUAUUCUCAACCACGUACGGAAGGAGAUGGAGAUGAAAGGCGUGCGCCGUUCGAUCUAAAACUAGUGGGGAGGAUGCAAAAUGCAAGCUCUGUGCCCAGCUUUACUGCAUCACUGUCUUCAAGGGAUGAGGGCGGCACUGGCGACGUCGGCGGGUAUGCUCCCUUGUCAGAUCCCACAGAUGAAGAAAUUGACGAGGACAUAACAACAUGCGAGACUGACAUUUGUCAUCAUGAUCCUCUGGUGGACAUCUUCGGCAGUGAUGCAGACACCUGGGCUGAAAUGCGCGCUGAAUCGCAGGGCAAUCAGCCUGAGAUCAAUCCAAAUGUAGUCGAGCUUGCGUUGGAUGUAUCCUCAAUCACUGCUAUGCCUGAACAGGCACAAGCGGAAGAUGAGGUGGAUGAGGUGGAAGAGGUUAGGGAUAUCAUGUGCAGGAUGUCAAAGCCCAUGUUGACCUUGUCGAUACCAUCUUCACCGAACUCAAACUCACAGCAUCUGUCGUCACCCCCGGUAGCAAGUGCUAAGAAGUCACCUCCCCUUCCUUUGGUCCUUGCACCCAACGACACAAGAAAUAGCCUUGUUCUGCAUACUGGAUCCAGCCCGAGGCUAUCAUCUUCCAGUGAAGGCGACGGUAUGAGUGUGCCCUAUGCGCAUGCAAGUCCAAGAGGGAUCCCGGUCACGGAUGAGAUAGGUGACGAUGAUGAAGCCUCCCUAGACAUGGACCAAGAAUAUAUGCGAUCACGGAGUCCUGAAGAAAAGCGCGGCGGUGCUGUUUUUGAAGACCUCAAUCUUGGUUUAGAUCUCGGAGACGGAGACGAAGACGAAGAGUAUGACGAGAAUGAUCCGAAUGAUCAACGCAGAAGCCAAUAUCUUAUGAGAGCCAAACUUGACGAGAUUGAACGGACUUUGGCACAGUUUUCUCCGAGACACAUCAAAACGGAUGACUUGGACCAAGAUAUUACGAUAACUCAUACCCGAACGAAGUCGCUUCUCGCACUUCAUGCAGGAGGAACUUCGAAAUCAUUAGUUGAUCGUACACGUGAUAUUCAGGCUACAGGCGAUAAAUCGUGGCCUACUGUCUCCUACUCAUCUAUCGCUAAUAAUUCGCAAUCUCCAAGCUCCCGAUCACAUCGGCCUACAAAUCUCACUCCGUCACCACCUCAACUUGCUAUCAACGGUGUGUCGACAGGUGCCCCAAAAUCAUUCGCUCCACCCUCGCGGUCUUCAUCACCCAAUACUCUCUCCACAGAGACCAAGAUUCGCAAACGAGAUUUGGAGCCAUCCAUGUACCCACCACCCAUGCCCAAUUCAUUUAGAAGGCUAUCGGACAUGGCAACUGACUCCCCCAUACCGCUGUCUCCUGAUCCUUUUGGUCGCUACCCCUCUUAUAUCGAAUCAGAAGCUCACUCCACCCCAACGUAUUGGGAUCCUGCAACUGGGCAAUUCACCAGCAUUCCUGUCGAAUCCAGACCAUCUUUGUCAUCUGUGGAUGAGGGUUCUGUUGCUUCUACAACACCCUCCAGCCGAUUCUCUGCUGACUCGGAAAGUUUUUCGGUGGAUACUGCGGCUGCCAAAACCUCUACUCCUCUCGUGAGCGUCAAGACUUUCAAGAGACUUUGGCGUAGAAGCAAAUCUGCGUCGGUGUCGGCUCAGCAACCUCCUACGCCAAAUGCUACACAAACUUCGUUCCAGGGAAUUGCACCUCCUGCUCCAUCGUUGCAUGAUCAACUCGGGCCGCCGCCGCAAAAAGGAUUACCUCCUAUGCCUGGGACAAGUAUGCCACGAACGCCCACACGAUCAUCGUCUCCGACAAUUCCUUCGUCAGAGAAGACGAGCGUCCGUAAAUCGAUUCUUAAGACCUGGAAAUCAGUAUCAGGCUCCACAACCUCUUCUAGUGCUCCUUCAGAACCAAGACGAGAUACUGAAAGACCCGUGUCUAACGAGACCAUAAAGCCUCGGAGGUCGAGCGUCUUGGAUGCUGGGAUACCUCCAACCCCGAAACUUGCUGAACAAUAUCUGCCUUCAAAUCACGCUCGAACUGGCAGUGGCAUUUUUGAGCGAAGAAAGUCUGUUGGACGAUCUAAAAUGGGGGCCUCAUCGAAUCUCUCGACAUCAUCUCAAGACCUUGCUCUCUCAUCUAAGACACACUCGCGGACACUGUCGUCCUUACAGCAAACAUCUUCACCUCUACCACCUCCAGGUUCUGUAUCUCCUGCUCAGCAGCUAACCCCUCCUCGCCAUUCCAAAGUAGACAGCAGUUUUGAAUCGUCACAGUACGAGCUUGUAUCCUCCUCGCCCCGACUAUACCCCAGCUUGACUUAUCCUUAUCAAACACUUGACCAGGAUUAA